CCUGUCAGUUCGAGUGGCGGUGUGUGUUUGUACGUGUAUAAAUCCCCCCUCUUUAUUUACCCUCCCGUAGAAAAACCGAGGGCGGCCGGGUUGUUUCUUCGGGAGCCAGCUUGCUUCACCUCUGCGGGCCAACUGCGAUAAAAAAAUAUUGUUGUCCUCGCCGUCACGACAGGAAGAAGCCCUGGGACAUGGCCAGACCAGAACAAGUCCUGUUGCUGGAGCCACAACACGAACUGAAAUUCAGAGGCCCAUUUACAGAUGUUGUCACCGCCACCCUGAAGCUGACCAACCCCACAGACAGAAAUGUGUGUUUCAAAGUCAAAACGACCGCACCUCGCAGAUACUGUGUGCGCCCAAACAGUGGCAUCAUUGACGCUGGAACCUCCAUAAAUGUUUCUGUUAUGCUACAGCCUUUUGACUAUGACCCCAAUGAAAAGAGUAAACACAAAUUCAUGGUGCAGUCCAUGCUGGCUCCAUAUGACAUGACUGACAUGGAAGGAGUUUGGAAGGAGGCAAAGCCUGAAGAGCUGAUGGAUUCAAAGUUGAGAUGUGCAUUUGAGAUGCCUCUAGAAAAUGACAAAACUCAUGAGAGUGAAAUCAUCAAAACUGUGUCUUCCUCUGCCUCUGUUAAGACUGAGCACUCUGUCCUGCCCAAGUCAGCCAGUGCUUCGCUGGAUGAUGGAGAAGUGAAGAAGAUCAUGGAGGAGUGCAAGCGACUGCAGAUGGAAGUGCAGAGGCUACGGGAAGAAAACAAACAGAUCAGGGAGGAUGACGGUCUGCGGAAGAGAAAGGUGACACCGUUGGCCCCCGGUCACUCCUCCUCCACCAUGGCCACCACAGCCGUGAGGGACGAAGGCCUAAGCACCCGCGUGCUGGCGUUCUGCGUGCUCUUCUUUGUGAUUGGAGUCAUCAUUGGCAAGCUGGCCCUGUAGGGACACAGACGGACAGAGCACAGUGACAGACGGACGGAUAGACCGCGUGCUUGGGAGGACGCGUGUCAGCAACGGCGACGGGGAUGUCUUCUGGGUUUAUGUUGAUCUGUUUCUUUCCUUCUUUUAAACAUUUAAGGCAAUAUCAUGAUGGUUUGGUGUAAAAAGAAAACGAAAGAAGGCUAUCCCAAGUUAAACCAUGAGUGCGAGCAUUUUUGUCACAGGUCCUUUUUUUUUUUUUUUCUUUGAUCUGUUCUUUCCGUCCAUCUCUCUUCCUUAAAUGAUCUUCCCUAACUUGCACAGGUAACAGUUAGUCGUGUGUUUAAGUGGCUUCACGCUGGCUGAAUGUCUAAAGUCUUUCAUUGAUUCGCAAGUUUUCAUAAGUUGCUCACACACGUUGUCCGUUUAAAAGCUCUAACCCUCUUCUGAUAAUCUCUUCCAUUUAUUAAUCUGCAAGGAGAGGUGAACACAGUUGAUCAGUGAAAGACUGUUUUGUUUUUUUGUUUUUUUUCCCCUUUCUAGACUCAAGCUUCAUGUAUUGUCCUCUAAAGAGUUUGGGGUUUUAAAAAGAAAAGAAAAAGCAUGUGUGUCUGUGUGUGUGUGUGUGUGUGUGUGUGUGUGUGUGUGUGUUUAUUUUGCCUCCUGCAGGAGCAAUGAUGUGUCGGACUGAGUGACUGUUUUUAUGCGAGGAGACCACAGACGGUGAGGCUCACAGGCUGUGAAGAGGGCUGGUUUAAAAAUGAAUAAAUAAUCCAAACGGAUUUCUUGUAUUCAGCAAAAAUGGGGGUGUUUGUUGAAAAUCUAAUUGAAUGAUUGAAUUGGAUGAUUUGGUGUAAUCCAGACCAAGGAAUCUGUAGAAAUUCAUUAAAAUCAUGACUCAGUAAAUUCACAAUUAUGACUUCAGAGAAAGUGUUCUGUAUGGUGAUUUAUAUUUUAUUUUUUGGCUUCUUUUUUUUUUUUUUUUUUUUUUUUUUGUUUGUUUGUUUCAGAAACAAAGCUGUAAUUUACAUCUUCAUGCUUGGUUUUUGUUUUGUUUUUUUUGUUUGUUAAUUACUUCCUCAGGUUUGCACACAGAGUUACGCUGAACAGGAAAAAAAUAAAAAGGCUAAUGUCUGGCUACAAAGCUCUGGACAGGUCAUGCAAAACAGACUCUUACUUAUCCAUGCACAUCAGAGUAUGUAACACAAGUUCUGACCACUCUAUUGAAUUUUGCCCAUGGUGCAUUGACUUUGCGCCCUCUGGCCUUUUUUGUUUGUUUCUCUUCUUCCUCUCUUGUGUUGUCAUGUAGACACUUUGCUUCUGUUGUUUAAAAUAUUCAAAUGCGCUAUUCUCACUUGUGCACUCUGUAGUCUGCAUGGAAUGACCUGAAUUUAUUAUGAUUAUUUUAUUUUUUUGAGUGUUGAAAAAUCCAUGUUAGCAAAACCAACAAACAAAAAAAUACUGUCUUUUCCAAAAGGGACCAUCUUGAGUCUGGUUAUCAGUUUGUGUGUGUGUGUGUGUUUUUGUUUCCUUUGCUGUCACCUUUUCCGUUUGUGUCCUGUUGAGUUCUGGUGGUUGUGAGAUAACACAGCUGUAUUAUCUUGGCCAUCACAUGACCGUCUCGGCUGAUUCAUUUCCUCAAAAGUUAAAAACAAACAAACAAUGAAUAUCUGCUUAUUUGCAUGGGGCGGGGAGGGGGUCAGAUAUGUCUGGAUGUGGGCAGCUGUGAGAGGACUGACCUGUGAAUACACACUACAUUAAAGGAUUUAAAAACAACAAAGGCAUCAGCGCUUCAGACCACACCUGCAGAUACAGUCACAACAAUGUAAUCACACAGUAAUUGGAUACUCUUUUUGUAUGUAAAUAAAAAUUAAAAAAGACUCAAAGGAUAACUGGCAAAGUUAUUAACAUACUGUACUAAAGGAAGAAAAUAAACAGCCACCAUGGAUGAUGUAGCAUCAUAAUGAAUUAAAAUACAUAAACCCCC